GCUGGAGGUGUGAGAUCCCCUCUAACCCACUUUCUUGGUUUCAGUCACUGAAGGAGGCGACAUGGUUGGUCGCAGAUUUCAGUUAGAUUUUUUACACCCAAAAUAUCCUUCUUAUAAGAGCCAUCCACAUUUUUCCAUUCUAGGUCUGAUCCUUGCUUACUGCACUACACUCUUCUCUCAAGUUGAAACACUAACAGUGAAUUGCAAGAAAGAGAACAUUUCCUCAAAAUAUCAGCACUGUGCGAUUCAACCAGGUGGAGUCCACAGUUUAGACUGCUUUGGUAAACAUCAUUUACUAGGCCACAAAACCUGCGAGUGGAAAUCUGGGAACCAGUCAUCACAGAACACAUACACACUCAUCAGACGACAAGGCAAAAAGUUAUGCCACGCCUACUUCAACCUCAAUCGGUUUUCUGAAAACAUCUUUUUAUAUGAAAAAUUCAACGUGACUGUUGAAGUUUUUGAAAACAUUGAGUCAACAAACUGCACCAAAGCAGUUUUCAGUGGUUCACCAAGGAGCAUAUUGCGAUGUGCUCCUCCAAAUGACGUCUCCUUCAACCGGCACUCUGGGAAACUUGUUGUGAGUGUGAGCUGGACAGAGGAAGACAGACCUGUCAUAAAGAAUUACUCUGUGAGGUAUAAAGCUGUGAGCAGCACGUUGUGGAGCGAGUCACUCGUGCAAUGCCAAAACGAAGCCAAAUGUACAGUAGAGAAUCUAACCUCCUCGUUGGAAUACAACGUACAAAUACAGUGUGUCACUAAUGAUAAAUGCUCACAGUGUGUUUGGAGUAAAGUCUACACUGUCCCUGAAGAGCUGACAACGCAACCUCUUAUUGUCAGUCUUAAUGAUACUGACAUUAAUGGAAGAAAAGGACAACGGCUCCUCUCUGUAGCAUGGACAUUUCCUGCUGCAGAGCUGUACGAUGGCUUCCAUGUGAGCAUUUGGAAAGCAUCAGAAGAGGGGCCAUGUGAGCGGAAGACCACGACUCGGCCUGAGAUCAGACUGAUCCUCUCAUACUCUGCAUAUUACUUCAACAUCAGUGCUUUCAAUAACGCCAGCAACUCCCCGGCUGUGAAGCAGACGAUACUGCCACGGGAAAACGAGUCCAGUUUGGACGAUGGAAAGCUGAAUGUGACGGUCCACAGCAGUAGAUCUUUUACCGUCUCCUGGUCAGACAAUCUCAUCCAAAAGUACGUCUGCUACUCUGUGGAGUGGAUGAAGAAGGGUCAGAAAGCAGCACACAUGCCCUUCUAUGAGAAUGAAAACAACAAUAGGACCUUAACGCCUUUACCUGAGACUUUGGAGCCUUAUAAGAGAUACAGCAUCACUCUUCACACCAGACCGAACAAAGACACCUGCAACAUGAAGCACAUCAACAACAGCGAGAGCACCUAUGGGAGCACACUGUUCUAUUUCAUGGAAGGAUCUCCCAUCAGUGCUCCCACAAACAUCAGCAGCUACAACAUCACCCUCAAUUCAGCGGUGCUUCAGUGGUCGCCCAUCCCGGAGGAAGACAUCAGAGGUUUUCUGUUGGGUUACAUAAUCCACUUCACUGAAAACCGCUACCCGGGGACAAGUAUAGAAAGAAAUAUAACAGUGGAUCCAACGUUGAACUCCUGUGAACUGGAGAAUCUGAAAAGCAGUACCACAUACAGAGUCCAGAUAUCAGGUUUCACCAAGGCAGGCGAAGGAGUACUUAGCUCUGAAGUCCUCUUUAAAACAAACUUUAAAGAAAAUUCCAAUCUCGGCAGUUUCCUCACAGUGUUUGCAGUUUUGGUCACUGUGCUGAUAUUUGGAUCUCACAUAAUAAAAAGAGCCAAACUCAUCCUGUGGCCGAGCAUACCCAACCCUGGAAAAAGCAACGCCAUGCAGAUAACAGAGGGACCUCGAGAACUGGAACUACUAGAAUUGAUUAACACUCUGAAAGUAGAAGAAGGGGACACAAACAGUCUCCAGAUAAUUGAGCGAGAAGAAAAAACCUCUGCCUGCACAUCAACGUCAAAUCUACCACUUCUACAUGCCGCUGAGGUGGAUGAGGAAAGCCAACCAGAGAUGACACAUGACUGGAUCCAUAGUGCUGCAAAAGACACAAGCGGAGAGACUCUACCUGACAGUAUGACAGACACAACCCCAGACAUUCAAAGGACCGACCUGCAGAGUUCUACCUUUGCCUUUCCGACAGGAUAUACGACGAUUGAGCUGUUUCAACAGAUGAUGCCUCAAGGAGUGCCAGCAAAUACAUCGCUCACCCAAGUGAUGGAAGGAGAGCCAGAGGACGAAGAUAUGACUGAGCGGGGAUCAAGAUUGGAGUAUGUUCGGCAGUUUGGUUAUCGGUGCAAUCUUGGACAGUGAGGGUUUGUCCACUGUUUCGUGUGACGGUACCAAGAACCACUGACGAUGGAUCCUUGAACCAAAUGAGCUCUCUGUUGCUUCUUCCACUGCUUGGCUGGACUCGACCAAGCAUCCUUGGAACCACUCUCUGUUGGCCAGAGUUGUGUUGGAGCUGAAACUAUGUGGACCACCAAUGGAUGCAAGGAAAUCUUCCUUCGCUUGGCAUGGCACAUCCUGCACAAACCCACUCUUUCAACAUCUUCUGAACUAUUGUGGGUUUACUGUCAGUGAGAACCAUCUAGUAAAAAGGUGAAGGCAUUGAUCCACCACAGCAAAACGUUGGUUGGGUUGGACUAUGUGGACCACCAAUGGAUGCAAGAUGAUCAUCCGUUGCUUGACAUGGCACAUCCUGCACGAGCCCACUUUCAACAUCCUCUGAACUAUCGUGGGUUUGCUGUCAGUGAGAGCCAUCAAGUGAAAAGAUGAGGACUUUGAUCCACAGAGAAACGCUGGUUGGGUUGAACUCUACUGGAUGACUGCUGGACAGUGAUCCUUCUUUGUAAUUUAAUACUUCAAAACAUAUUUCCUCAUACAUUGAUCGCCUUAAAUUUAGUUUCAGGUCUUCUUCAAUGCAGUAAAAUGUUCAUUUUAUGAAUUAUGGUCCAGAUUGAUGUAAAAUAAACGAUACAGCAUGGUA